AUGGGAUGCAGAGGUACAACUAUUCUUAGUGCUGAAGGUGUGUUUUCAUUCAUGUUGAAAGAAUUGAAUGAACAAAAGUCAUCAUUUUCAAUGAAGCUGCAAAAUUCUCUCUAUAGCAGAAUAAAUGAAAGGAGGAGUGCGGUUCUCGUAGGCCUUAUGAAAUACCUACAUUGUGGUAAGGCUUAUAACAGCUGUGAGGAAAGAUUACCAUUAGCUUUACCCAGUAAGUCUGCCAUCGUGGAGUCAGCUAAACAGCUGUUAGGAAGACUGUUUCAAGUAAGUGAUGAAGAAGCUACAACUAGUGAUAAUGUGGAAACAUCUGUAAAUCAACAAAGCUCACUCACUGAUAGACUCCAGGCAGCCAUGGAUCAGAUUCAGACACAAAGUACAAAAAAGAGAAGUGAAUGUAACUACAUCGGGAAGGAAUUCAGUGUAUUUGAGGCAACUGGGGACAGAACACAGAAUUUAGAAAAAUUGUUCCAGGCUCUCAACUCUGUACCACCAACGACGACCAUGAAGAUCUUCAAGUUCCGGCUGCGAAGCCUCGCCCUCCUGACGCUGGUGCUGACACUCACGCUCUUCCUCCUGAACCUGUCGCCCUCCGCCGUCAGCCAACACUUCUUCCGGGUGUCAGCGACGCACGGCCUUCCGUCGGCGAAGAAUCAGUCCAAAACAGAACCAGCGGGAGCGUUAAGUAAGAGAGCGUAUUCGGAUCCCUUCAAGGAGUACGACCUGCGAGUCAGCCAGGCGGCGUCGCAAGGGGAGAAGGACGCCGUGAAUUCCAGCCGACAGGACGCCGGGGAAGGAGGUCCUGGAGACGAGGCAGCCCAGGAGGACGCGAAGAACCAACGAGAACCGAAGGGAAACGACACGGGUGAUCCGGGAUAUCGCACGGGGGAGAAACAGGAACGAAACCCGAGCUCGCGAAACGGCGAAGCUUCGAAGACGAACAGCUCGAGGAGAAUCGACGAGGCGGGAGGUUCGUACGUGCGACAGGGCAUUGCAGACGGCGAGGAGCACGACUCCUACGUGCAGGACUACCCCGCAAGAAUCUCCGGCAAGGGGCGUGACGCGAGACCUCCGCCCAAUGAGAAGUUCUCCCGCGAGGUGCUGAAGGAGAGGGCGCUCGGGUUUCCCGAGAAGUCGCCCUUGCGGAAGUUCCUGACUGAGCAGGAGCGGCGAGUCAGCCACGUGAGGGCGACGUGUCCUCACCUGGCUGUUCCCAACACCUCCUUCGACUCCCGCGGGCCGCCGCCCGGCCUCGUGGAUAUACACAAUCUUAUUUUCGACAGAAUAAACCUCCUGACGUUCUGCCCGGUGUACAAGGCCGCCAGCACCUCCUGGAUCAUCACCCUCCUCGAAAUCGGCGGAUACAAGCGCCCCAAGAACAUUCCCUUGCAGAAACUCGUCAGCCAAGUGUACCCCAAAUCGAAUCUCGCUGGACCCGCGGUAGCCCGGAGGACGACUAGGUUCAUGAUCGUCCGCCACCCCUUCGAGCGCCUCCUCUCCUGCUUCAGAGACAAGUUCGAGUACGGGAAGAAAUCCUAUUACUACAAGCGCUACGGCGAGAAAAUGGUCCGGCGCUAUAGGGAGUUCCCCAAGUACAUCAGCGAGGGACAGCUCGGCCUCCUACAAGAACAAGUCCGGAACAAGGUGAUGGCGGGGCUGCCCGUGGUCCUGAGAAACAAUCCUUUCGCCAGUCCCGUGGGUCCGACCUUCCUCGAGUUCGUCCAGUACGUGGUCGACGUUAAGUUUGAGGACGAGCACUGGAGGACCUACUACAGCCACUGCUCGCCGUGUCUUAUGGAUUAUGACUUCGUCCUCAGGUUCGAAUCCCUCUACCAGGAAGGGAAGCAGUUUCUGGAGUACCUCAACCUCACGUCGCAAGUUCAGCCGAGAUGGGACAACCCCACCUCAGGGGGCGCCACCAACAGCGAAAUCGUGUGUUCCUAUUACUCCCAGUUACCCUUCGACCUCAUGCAGAAAUUGGCCGAUAAAUACGAGAACGAUUUUCUGUUAUACGAGUAUAAACCUGAUUCGUAUUUCGAGUGUGCUAAGGACUUCGUUCCGGGAAAGAAAGGGACGUAAUAAAUAUUUCGAUUUUUUUUU